UCGCUGGGGGCUGGGCCGGCCCCUCUUCCGACCUAAGUUAGAGGUUCAGCCGGGGUGGGGCCCUUCCGCCGAGAGGAAACACCCUCUCGGGGCGGGAGGGAUCUGGGGUCCCCAGGCAGAGAAAGAUCAGGGCCCCCCACCUUAGCAAGGGCGUGGGUGGGGGUGGGGACCGCCUGCUGCCCAGUCUUGAGGGAGGGGCUGGCGGGAACCCUCUUCUCUGCCCCUCCCAAGCCUGGUCUGUGCACAGGGGAAGGAAGUUAGUCCAGAGCCCCACCGAUGGGCACCCCUUUGGGGCAAGAACCUGAGAAGUGGGCUGCUCUGUGGGCAAGUGCUGGGGCCCCUGAAGGCUGGGGAGACCGGGUAGAGAGAGCCCCCGGCCUGGGCAGCCAGGCUGGGAGCCAGCAGCCCCUGUCCCCCAGGCCCUCCUCCUGCUGCUGGGUGCCCAGGGCCAGGGCAGCGCUCCCAGCCCCAGGUGUGACUGUGUGCACAGCUACCAGAUGAGGAGUGGUCUGGUCUGCUGCGGGGGCUGCCCAGCAGGGCACUACUUGAAGGCCCCCUGCACAAAGCCCUGUGGCAUCUCCACCUGUCUCCCGUGCCCCCGGGGCACCUUCCUGGCCUGGGAGAACCACCACAAGACCCGCUGUGCCCGCUGCCAGGCCUGUGAUGAGGAAGCCUCCCAGGUGGCCCUGAAGAACUGCUCUGCGGUGGCGGACACCCACUGUGGCUGCAAGCCAGGCUGGUUCAUGGACUGCGUCGUCAGCCAGUGUCCCCACAGCUCUCCCUUUCGCUGCCACCCGUGCCCAGACUGUGAGGCCGUGCACCGCCGCACGCGGGCCCCCUGUUCCAGCGGAGACACUCACUGUGGGACCUGCCUGCCCGGCUUCUAUGAAUACGGCAACAGCUGCGUGUCCUGUCCCACGAGCACCCUUGGGGGCUGUCCUGGGCCCUGUGUGGCUGUCUGUGGCUGGAGGCAGGUGUUCUGGGUCCAGGUGCUCCUGGCAGCCCUGGUGGUCCCACUCCUGCUUGGUGCCACCCUGACCUACACAUACCGCCGCUGCCAGCUUUGCAAGGCCAUAGUUCCUGCAGGUGAAGCUGGGGUGGAGGCCCUGACCUCGCUGCAGGCCACCCACCUCUCACCCCCGGACAGCAGCUCCACCCUUCUGGUAACACCCAGCAGCAGCGAGAAGGUCUGCACCGUCCAGCUGAUAGGCAGCAGCUGGACCUCUGGCUCUCCCCAGGCCCAGGAGGCGCCCUGCCCGGAGGUGACGUGGUCCUGGGACCAGCUGCCCAGCAGAGCUCUUGGCCCGCCGCCCCCGCCCUCGCCGGCGGCCCCUGCAGGCUCGGCGGCCGCCAUGCUCCAGCCGGGCCCGCAGCUCUACGACGUGAUGGACGCGGUGCCCGCGCGGCGCUGGAAGGAGUUCGUGCGCACGCUGGGGCUGCGCGAGGCGGAGAUCGAGGCGGUGGAGGUGGAGGUCGGGCGCUUCCGCGACCAGCAGUACGAGAUGCUCAAGCGCUGGCGCCAGCAGCAGCCCGCGGGCUUGGGCGCCGUCUACGCCGCCCUGGAGCGCAUGGGGCUGGACGGCUGCGCCGAGGACCUGCGGAGCCGCCUGCAGCGUGGCCCGUGACGCCGGGGCCCACCCGCCACUGCGAGGCUCUGGUGGCCCUUGCAGAAGCCCUAAGUACGGUUACUUAUGCGUGUAGACAUUUAAUGUCACUUAUUAAGCCCCUGGCACGGCCCUGCGUAGCAGCGCCAGCCAGCCUCACCCCUGUGCGCCCCCAAGGUUCCAGUUAAGGCGAGGAAGCACCAACGACCAUCAGCUGUUUUUCGGCCUGUGUUUGGCUGAGGCCUUGGUAUUAUUAAAAAUCUAUGAAGAAAA